AAAGGGUUUUGUUGACUUUUGUUUGAUGCCAAAAGAAAUUUCUUUCUCAGAUCAGAAUACUCAUGUGUUAUUCUAUUCCCCUUUACAUCUCAUCUUUCAGGGCCAAGGAGAUUAAGAUCAAGUUGGGAAUUCUCCUCCAGAAGCCAGACUCAGCUCUUGACCUUAUCAUUCCAUAUAACGAGAAGCCGGAGAAACUAGCCAAGACCCAGAAACCCUCGCUGGACGAGGCCCUGCAAUGGCGUGAUUCCCUGGACAAGCUCCUGCAGAACAACUAUGGGCUUGCUAGUUUCAAAAGUUUCCUGAAGUCCGAAUUCAGUGAGGAAAACCUUGAGUUCUGGAUUGUCUGUGAGGAUUACAAGAAGAUCAAAUCCCCUGUCAAGAUGGCUGAGAAGGCAAAGCAAAUUUAUGAAGAAUUCAUCCAAACAGAGGCUCCUAAAGAGGUUGGUCCUGUUGGGCUGGUGG